UACUCACCCAUUUUCCAAUCUAACCACUUAAACCAUAUUCUACUAGUGAUCUCAUUAUUAGCAUCUGGCAGAAAAUAAAUUUAUUUGGCUGAAAAUGGGGAAGAAAGGAAGUGGUAAUUGGUUUUCCACAGUGAAGAAAGUCUUUAUUAAACCUUCUUGUAAGGAUUAUUUGCCAACAGAUCAUAAAAAGGAAAAAUUAGAGAACCAAUGGCAACAUGAAGCUCGAGAAGUUGUCUCAGUUGAAAAAAUUCCAGCAGAGAGUUGUUCAGAUCUAACAAUUAAUCGAGAGAGCAAUGAAAAUUCAUCAAUUUCAUCGGCUGAAGAUCGAAAUCAUGAUAUUCAUGUCAUUGAAGCCACUGUUGCAGCCGCUGAAGCAGCAACUUAUACAGCCCCGAAAACCAUCAAAUUAGAUGGACACAACCAUAAGUCUAAAGAGGAAAUUGCUGCCACACUAAUUCAAUCCUAUUACAGGGGAUAUCUGGCAAGACGCGCUUUGCGUGCUCUGAGGGGAUUGGUGAAGCUGCAAGCGCUAGUGAGGGGGCACAGCGUACGCAAACAAGCGCAAAUGAAAAUGAGAUGUAUGCAAGCGUUAGUACGGGUGCAGUCAAAAGUACGUGCACGAAGACUCCAGUUGCGGCAGAGCAAGGUGGUGGAAGAAGUGAAAUCGCGUUCGAGUAUUAGAGAAGAGAGCCUGUUAUUAAACAAACAAGAGACACACAGCAUUGAAAACACUAGAAGAAAACAACAGGUCUAUAAUGCUUAUCAGCAACAACAGAAAUGGUUGCACUCUGAUCUAGAUGAUGAAGAAUGUUUUGGGAAUGAGCAUGAAAAUCCACAACAAAGUUGGAAUUGGCUUGAUAAAUGGAUGGCUUCUCAACAUGUUGUACGACAAGAAGACUCCUCUUAUGUGUCAUUAUCCAUCACAGAUGACAUAUCAGAGAAGACAUUCGAAUUGGGCCCUGAAGAUGUCAACUUAGCCCAUCAAAAUGAAAAAAGCCCAUAUUCAUCCACUCAAUCCAACAAAGAUUCUGUCCCUAGCUACAUGGCUCCAACUAAAUCUGCAAAAGCAAAAAUAAGAAGCCCAGGCCCAAUAAAACCUAAAAGCCCACCAGGAGUGGCCCAAUGGAAUUCAACGCCCAAGAAGGUGACAGCCCGUAGGUGGAGCUAUGAUUCAUCCGCAAGAAGCCCAAACCCGAAAAUUUCUGCUAAAUGGAUGGCAACCUAUAGUCCUCAAACACGUGUACACGACCGGACCUCACUAGUGGGACCCCCUGCUCACAGAUAUAAUUAUAAUUAGAUUUUUUUUUUUUUGCAGUAAAUGAGAAGUUCAAAUAAAUGGUUGUUUUAAAUAUGUAAAUGUUGUGAAAUAAUUAUAUUGAAUUGUUCAGUACAUGCACUGGAAAUAAAUCUUCAUUUUCUUCUUGAUUUCAAAGGCUUUUAACUCACUUUCCCAGUGAUCAACCUUCAUAGUUAAUGCAAUGUUUACGACUAUUUGUAUGUAAUGUGGUAUAGAGUUUAUAUAAUAUUUUUUCAAGUAAAGGUGGUUUGUCAGUUGUCCCACAUCGGUUAAGUGAAGAGGAAGCAUAGAGAAACGAGCCUUAUAAAAUGGAAAGCAGGUGGGAGAUCGAACGGUAUCUUUGCGCUUGGGGCAAUGACGCAGCUAGUGAGGUUCUAACCGAGGCGCGUCUAUUGCUGGUUGAAAACUAUUUCCAAACCCCCUCGUCGGCCUAGGUUCUGCCUUGGCCGUCGAGAAUUUUUGGAAGGGCAUCCCCUCGGGGAUAAGCCCUA